AUGGUAGACCAACACCCCAACACCAAGCUCCGGCGCACUCGCAUCGUCUGCAUCUCAGAUACUCACAACUGCGCUGUGAAACUUCCCAAGGGGGAUAUCCUUAUACACGCGGGCGACAUCACGAACCAGGGUAGCUAUUCAGAGCUCUCUCGUGCUAUCAAGUGGUUGGAGGAAGCCAAGUUUGAGGCCAAGAUAGUCAUCGCAGGGAACCACGACAUCACACUAGAUGAGGCGUUCUACGCUGAACAUGGCCUCUACUUUCACAACCAGACCCCUCAGUCGCAUGAGAACUGUCUGUCUCUGCUCACAUCUUCCCCGAGCAUCACCUACCUGAACCACGCAUCGCAAACAAUCCGCCUCACCUCCCCAGAUGGCCCCCGUACCCAGUUUAAGGUCUUUGGGUCGCCAUACUCUCCGCGUCAUGGCCUCUGGGCGUUCUACUAUGAUGCGCCUCUAUCGCCGUCGACCUAUUCCGACCUCCCACGUAUCUGGGAUGAUAUCCCCCUCGACGCUGACGUCGUCGUCACACAUACGCCCGCACGCACGCACUGCGACGAGACUGACGAGCGCCGUGCUACUGGCUGCGAGGCGCUCCGACGAGCUCUCUGGCGCGUGAGACCUCGGCUGGCCGUAUGUGGCCACAUCCAUGACGGACGAGGUGCCGAGCGCGUGACCUGGGACCUCACGUCCCGGAACGUCGCCUUCGCAGAGCGAUCGGUGGCCAGAUGGACCGAUCCGGCGCCAGGCAUGGAGAGCAGCAAGAUCAGCCUUGUAGAUCUGACCGGGCGCAGGCUGACCCCGUCGCUCGCCAACGACGGCUCUCGAGGCGACUACCGUGGCCGCACCUCCACAUCGACGACGACAGCUGCUACUGUCGCUGGCCCGGUCACGCUCGGCUCUGACGUCGCCGUUGAUGCCCAAGUCUGCCGUGGCACGAUCGGGCUGGGCGGCGACGACCCGCAGUCCUCGCGCUGCGACUGGGAGGCGCUGAGUGGGCGGAUGGGCAGGGAGGAGACGUGCAUCGUCAACGCAGCGAUCAUGAAGAGCAGAUACCCCCAUGUGGGUGGGAAGCAGUUCAACAAACCGAUCGUGGUGGACCUCGACCUGCCCGUCUGGGAGGAGUGA